AAAAAAAAAAGAAGCUGAGAGCAGACACCGGCCACCGAGACACCCCCCGCCCGCCGCCCGCCCGCGCCCGCUGAAAAUAUGAUGUAUGCCUGUGCUAAAUUUGUCUCCUGCCCUGCUGUGGUCCGCAGCACUUCAAGGACAUUCCUCCGGCCAGUGUCAGCUUCCGUCUUCGGCAGACCAGAGGUCAGAGGUGAACAAGCUCAGCCUGUUCCCUCACACAGUGGGAAUGCCCUGCUGCAGGUAGCGCGGCGAGAUUUCCAGACCAGCGCCAUCGCGCGGGACAUCGACACAGCAGCCAAGUUCAUUGGAGCCGGAGCCGCUACAGUCGGGGUCGCCGGCUCUGGGGCCGGGAUCGGGACCGUGUUCGGCAGCUUGAUCAUCGGCUAUGCCAGAAAUCCGUCCCUGAAACAACAGCUUUUCUCCUACGCCAUCCUGGGCUUCGCCCUGUCUGAGGCGAUGGGUCUGUUCUGUCUGAUGGUCGCCUUCCUGAUCCUGUUCGCUAUGUAAUGUCGAUUCUCUCAGCAGAAGCGAGAAGAUGGCCGUGGAAGAAUAAAUUAUUGUGGUGCGCAGGAUUGGCACUGGGAAGGAAAGCCACUGUCGACCCCAAGUGUCCCCAGUGAUGUAAUCUUUUUCCAAUUCCAAUUGUGUAAGAACUUUUGAUUUAGCCUCUAACAGGAUCUCUGAAUAAAACGGUUGAAUGUC